GUCUUGGCUGUAUGCCAUAUUAGUGCCCUUGCCUUUUUCAAUGGAAAAAACAGUACCAAAAAAGUUGACAGUUGACAGAUGUGACAUUACAAGUUCAAUAUUGCUCAUCUUUCUAAUUUGUGACAUGCGCUGUGCUUUACGGCUGUUGAUUUUGCCGCGUAAAUUUUUAGAAUUUCGAUACUAAAUUGAAAAUAAAAUGCAAGCAUUCUUAAAGACUGGUAAAAUAUCAUCAACAGAUAAGCCUUCCACUUCUGGGGCAAAACCAGCUGCUAAAAAAAAACCUCCAGCGCCAUGGGUUGAGAAAUAUCGGCCGAAGACUAUAGAUGAUAUUGUUGAUCAAGGAGAAGUGGUUCAAGUAUUGAGGGAGUGUUUAUCGGGUGGUGAUUUGCCUCAUCUAUUGUUUUACGGGCCGCCCGGUACCGGCAAAACGAGUGCCAUCCUAGCUGCGGCGCGGCAACUGUUUGGAGAUUUACAACGAGAUAGAGUGCUCGAGCUGAAUGCGUCGGAUGAACGUGGCAUUCAAGUUAUUAGGGAUAAAGUGAAAACGUUUUCUCAAAUGACUGUUAGCAGCACAAAACCAGAUGGUCGACCAUGCCCACCCUACAAACUGGUGAUACUAGAUGAAGCUGACUCUAUGACUACUGCAGCACAGGCAGCUCUUCGGCGAACAAUGGAGAGAGAGACAAGAACUACACGUUUCUGUCUCAUUUGCAAUUAUGUGUCAAGAAUCAUACCACCUAUCACCAGUCGCUGCUCAAAGUUCCGCUUUAAACCACUUGCUAGAGAGAAUGUUAUAAAAAGAUUACAAGAAAUUUGUGAAGCAGAAUGUGUGGAAGUGGGAAAUGGGGAGGUGUUUCAACAAGCAGUGGAUACAUGUCAAGGAGAUCUUCGGCGCGCUUUAACCGCUCUGCAGUGCUGCCAACGCCUGCUCGGCAAAAUCACUGCUGAGGGGCUUAUUGAGGUGACAGGCUUGGUGCCAGAGCAGUUGGUAAAUGAGUACCUCAGCGUUAAGAACUACAGUGAGUUGGAACAGUUUGUCGAAAAGUUCCUCAUGGAAGCAUAUUCGGCAGCGCAGUUGCUGGAACAAUUAAGCGCCACGGUGAUCAACGCUGGACAUCUGACCAAUAAACAGAAAUGCGUCAUCAGCGACAAAAUUGCCAUCUGCUCCCAUCGUCUCCUGGAUGGCGGAGCGGAGUACAUGCAGCUUACAGACUUAGGCUGUACCAUUAUUGUGGCGAAUAAUGACCCUUAAGAUUUGUUUGGUGUACGUUUAUAAUUAUAUUCCUUUGUUACUGUCAGACUUACUAAGUAUAAUAAAAUAGAU